GCGCAAAGUAUUGAUUUUAAUAUGAAUAGAUAAACUUCAAAUGUUUGCCGCUGGAGGCGCACGAUUCAAUUAUGGCUUCCAAGAGAAAGUAGUUAUUGUCUGUUUGUUUACAGUUAUUUUGUGUGUUUUAUUUAUUUUCUACGCGUUAGUUUUAAGAAUUUUGUACCUUUACGCCUUGCAAAAUGAGUGAUAAUACUGCUGUUGAAAUGAUGGAACCUGACACUGAAGAAGUCGCGAAUAAAGAAAACUCAAAGGAAUGCGAGUACUACCAGACGGUGCUCCGCCCCAUGAUGUCGGGCGGCCACGAGGGGGAGCUGUGCGAGUGGCUGAAGCAGAUGGGCCUGCUGCGACGCUCGGCCCAGUGCUCCAACCCCGACUGCAAGGGCCGCAGCCCCAUGUGCUGGCGCAAGGCGCGCAUCGUCGACAAGUACAACUGGGCGUGCCCCGACUGUACUCGCAAGGUGUCCAUCCGCGAGGGCUCCUUCUUCCUCAGCAUCAAGUGCGAGAUGAAGGCCAUCAUCCGCUGCAUGCUGGGCUGGUGCGAGCGCACCUCCAUCGACGUCACCAGCAGCCAGCUGGACCUGAAGCAGCACGUGGUGCGGCGCGUGUACGAGCGCUGCACGGACGUCGCGCAGGCGUACGUGCUGUCCCGCCCGCAGGACUGGCUGCUGGGGGGCGACGGCGCGGUGGUGGUGGUGGACGUGUUCCCCGACGGCUACAUGUCGGAGCGGCGCGGCACGGGCCGUGACAAGAGGGUGCUGUGCAUCGCCGACACAGGCCACGUGCCGGCGCGCAUCUGGGCCGCGCUGCUGGAGCACGCCGGCCAGCAGGUGGGCGCGCAGCCCGGCACGGUGGACGAGGUGCUGGGCCACGUGCGCAGCCACGUGCGGCCGGGCUCCACGCUGGUGGUGAGCGAGCGCUCCCGCGCCUGCCCCCACGAGAUGCUGCAGGGCAUCCCCGACUACCCCAGCACCAUCAGCGUGGAGACCCUCAUGGGGCUGGACCUGCCGGGCACCCGUCGCAUCCAGGAGAACCUGGAGACCAUCUGGCACUCGGCGGUGGAGGUGUGUGAGGAGAUCCAGGAGAUGCCCACCCGCAGCGGGGCGUCGCUGCUCAACGAGUACAUGUGGCGGCAGCUGUUCGCCGUCACCCCGUCCUCCGCCAUGCAGAGCCUGCUUCACCACAUCGCUGACCAGUUCCCGCUGCAGGACUAGAGCCCCCUCCCCCGGCCGGCUUGCUUGCACCACGCCUCUCGCCUCGAGGCCUCCGCUGCCCCGCCGAUCGGAAUAUUCCACCGUAUUGCGUUUCUUUCUCCUGUGGCGUGACUUCGACAACUGAGACACGCAGGCGUAGAGCAUUUAGCUGGGAUUUUAGAAAUGUAAAUAAAAUUGUGAAUCCAUGACGUAGUUCCAGCUUAGAGGCCGCAAGCAUCCUACUAGAAAAAUAUUUGCCAGACGUGACAUUUGUAUUUGUAGAACAUUUAAAUGUAUUAGUAUAAGAUGGUAACAAGUUUGCACAGAUCUCGAUCACCUUACAUCAGAUUAUCGAAAAAAAGAUUUUUUACAAACGUACCGAAAAAACAACUGUGAAUUCAAAUCAUUAUUUGAAUUUAAUUGUAUUGAGUAAUUUUUUUGGUUACAUUUUAAUGAGUUAAGUAGUGUGACACGCAAAGUGCUGGGAUAGUUUUCGAAGUUGCGUCCGAGGAGGUACGGCCCGCGCGGAGACGACUGGCCGUGUCGACGACGGAGCGAGGAGGCGGGGGAGCUCUGCUACCUCUCGAGACGUUGCCUCAAGGCUGGCUUGCUAGCUGUGAAAACUGGCAAAUGCACAUUUCAAAGUUCCUAUGCACGGUAGGCUCCAUAACUCAGCGUUACCUUUUUUGUAAAAUAAACGUGCGAGAGGUUUGCGAAGUAAGCCGGCACAGUGUGCUGUGGAAGUUGCUAAAGUGUUGAUAAUAGUGUAUCGGUGCAGCGCGCAUUUCCCUGUCUAUUGAAAAAAAAAAUUUGUAUGUAAUUUAAACUAAAGUUUGAUUUUGUUGGAAGAAUAUUCAUAACAUUUUGUACAACUGCAAUAAAUAGUUCUAUUUUCAGGGAGUUACGUGCCUGGACCAAAGUUAAACUUAACGUGCUUAACAUUCGUACUUGCCUGAAGUUGAUAUUUGCAACAUUGAACAAUUUAUGACAUAGUUUAAGAGUGUUUAUUCUAGUUGUGGUUGUGUUUUAGGCUGUUAAGCAUUAUUUUUAGGUUUUGCUUCUGCAUAGUGAAAAUUACAUGUGAAGUAUGUUUGGUAGUUUUUGUAACUGUUUUAUGUGACAUAAUUCCUAAUGUCAAAAUGAUGAGCAGUUAUCCUUCUCCAACCGAGAUUUCUCAGACUGCAGAUUUUAACCAUCCACUGAUUUUAUUAUGCAAACCAGUUCCUUAACCUCUGUAAAAAAUCUGUAAUAGUCAGUUUAUUAUUUUUAAGAUAUAUAUUUUAACUGUCAUUGCCCUAUGUCGUGAAGUAACAUAUUUUCUGUUUACACAUUAUUUAUAUUACAAAUUUACGUUUUGCGAGUGUGACAGUAACUUUUUAGUUUGUUCAAAUUUGCAUUGCCAAUUUGUCCUUACAUAUUAUGUUUCAGUUAUUAAUCUCUAGUGUUCCACCUUAAUAAUUGACUCGUUGAUGUCUAUCUAGUUAUGUUUUUUUUUUUUUUGUUUUUGUUUUUGGACAGUGGAUAAAUGCAUUUUAUUUGUGAACAAAUACUGCUAAACAAACCCUUAACUGACUCGUUUGUGUGCAUCUAAAAAUGACAUUUGUGAGUCUCUUUAACUUGUGAGAGGAGUUAUUACCAUGCAUUGUCUGAGGAGAGGCGAGUAUUAGGUUUGUGAAUGCUUAUUCUUGCGAUUGAUGAAUGACUGUGACUACUAAUGAUUUAAUUAGUAACUACUUCUAUGAGCACGUAAUCAUACUGUUUAUUUUCUUGUACCACAAAUGAGGGAUUUAAAAAAAUAUUUUCUCCUCAGUUUUUUUGACACACACACACACAAAACUAAGGUUUUGGCUUUGCAACAAGUGUUCUUUCCACUGAUAACGCUCAAAAGGUCUUUAAUUUUUUUUUUUUCAUACCUUUAGGUAUGUGUUUUUGAAAGCUUUGAAUGGUGUAUUAUUUUUUUCGUUCAGUAGUUAAAAUUUUUCCCCCAACAAAUUUCUUACAUUAAACAUACUAAAAUUAUUAAAUGCAGUUAGACAAAGAUGUUGAUGAGAAUAUUUUUCUUUAUUUUUGCAGCAGAUGCUUUAUAGAGCAGGUUUAUUAUUUUUACAGCGCAGAAGCAAGUUAAAUAUUUUUAUUGUGUGUGUUUUAAAAGUAUUAGGUAAUUUAACAAAUUUCUUAGCUUUCAGAUUUUAAGCAUUCACCGUCAACUUCAGGAAAGUACUGUAGUGCUUGUAGAAAAGAGUUUGCAUUUAAUGUUGAAUACAUAUUUAUAUUUUUGAUAGAUGUGAAGCAAAAGAGAAAUGUUUUUUGUUAUAGUAGGAGAGAUUAUGAUGUGCCUUUUUUCUGAGAGAUUUAAAUAUUGUUAACAGUUUAAAUUUGCACUGAUGAAGUCUUCAUAACCAAAUUGUGCCUUAACAAUAUUGUUUUGUGUGCUUGCUUUUGAUAUAAUAUACUGUUGUUGGAUUUUGAAUUUCAACUGUACAGUUGUCAUUUUAUGAGCAUGAUGUACUGUGUACAAACAUACUACAUAUUACCAUUGAGAGAUAUGUACUCACUGUGGAAUUAUGGCUUGGAUAAUGCCAAGUGUUAUGUAUAUUGAGCAUGGAAAAAAAAGUUAUCUGUGCCAUGUUACACCAUUGUGAGAGGUUUUAUAACAUUUUAAGAAAUUUUUAUGAACUAUGUAAUUUCAUCUAAUGUUUCCAUAUGUUCUCUGUUCAAAGACUGUUUUAUGUGGGUAAAAAAUAGUGUAAAAACUUAUUGAGAUUUGAGACUAACGUUACUUUGUUCGUACAUGAAAUAUCUAUUUUUAAAUCGUUGAUAAGUUUGAGUGGCUUCACUGAUUAAGGCAUUUAGAAGUAGACUGAAGGUGAUAAUCUAUUUAAUAAACUAAACAUUUAUAAAUAGGUUACAUUUUUUCCCUUCAGUUUAUGGGUGCGACAAAAUAUUUUGUGCUUAGUUUUGAAAAACAAAUCUUGGGACGUUAAGUGAGAAUAAUUAUAUUCCUGGUAUUUUAAUGGACAAACUACGCAAUGCAGCUCUUUCGAACACCAUUAUGUUGAAUUUCAAUGCGGAAGGACAAACAUUUUGGGAGAGGUACCCUCAAGUAGUGCAGUUAAAUGCAGCUUUGUUACAACUGAUGCGAUCAAUUUUGAUCGUUGCCUCGUUUGUAACAGAAAUCUCUGUGCAGCAAUAAUGUUUGUCAGUAGUAUAAGUUGUUUUCAUCUUUUAUAAAAAUAAACAUGGAAAAGAUAAACAAAAAAACAAGUUUACCCACCUCAUUAAAGACUUCUUUACAACAAAGAUAUGAAUGGGUCCUCUCAUAGUUUUAAGUCUGAAAAGUUUUAAUGAAAACAAAAAUGUUUAUGUACUUUGCCAGGAAUGCCGGCUGUUUUUUGUGACCGGGCCAUGUUCGUCAAUAAGUCUCUCUUCCCGCCAACAAGAUAUUUUUUACCACAAUUUUAUUGACUGAUACAUCUGGGCAUCAAUCCUAUACUACAAUCCAAUACUAUGUUUUUACUUUACAGAUGUUUUGUCACUUGUAUUUUAUUAUUUUCCAUUUUGUCCGUGCGACAAGGGCGUAGUCAGGAAGGACCAGAAGCAUGCCCCCCCCCCUCCCCCUCCCUACCACCAGAGAUUGAUAUUGUUCUAUAAUAAUGUGCUUAUCAACCAGCUUAACACUAUUAUUUCAUAAGUGGCAAUUUUUAUCUAAGAGUUUCAGGUUUUGAAAUGCACGCGAAUGUCUUCAGUCCUCAGAUAACAUAAAAAAUACAUUUUCAAGCAAUUGAUUUUCCUUUGAAAUGUCCCCGAGGAUGGCUCCUGGCCCACAUGGCCCCUGCAACUCCAGCCUCUCUCAAACAGACCUAUGCCAGAUGUGUUCUUGUAGCCUGCUCUGGCCUCCCCUCGCCCACAACUCCCGACUACAUAUGCCCAUUCCGGGGCCUGCAUGUUUGCAAGUUCUGAACCAGCAGUUGGGCCAGGCUCGGUACAGAGGAAUGCGCUUGUUUUAUUGUGCUUUGCCAGUUACAGUCAGUGGUUGAAAAUCUUUUCAUUGCAACUACAAAAUAUUAAUUUUUUAUUAAUUUUUAAGAUUUUGAUAAAUUCAGAUUUAAUAAAGAUUAAAGAUACCACUGCCUUAAGUAUAAUGUAUAAUGAUUUACAAUGCUGUAAUUAUUUAAACAUAUUUGUAAAACUCAUAUUAUGUAUGGAUUAAUUUAUCGGGUACACUACUUCAGAACUAUAUGGUAGGGUAGAGUACACCACGGUGGUGUGUUUGCCGCUGCUCGGAAGCCUUCAUUUCACAGACGAGAGAGCCACACCCAAGGUUCCCCGAAGUUCAUGCUCGCUUUUUUUUUUUCCGUACCACAACAGGUGUAUUUAUUUGGGAUGUAGCUUACUCAUACGUCUUACGCCGUUCUAUCUCAUUGUAGAAACCGGUGUGGCAUUAAAUUUUGCGGUCGGUUAGGAUAGGUCAUUACAUUAUAAAUACUUUAAAACAUUGUGGAUGGUUGGUUAUAUUAGGUAAGAAUAGUUACAUUAAAAAUACUGUAAAAUCAUUUUAUGGUUGCUUAGCAAAUAACUUUUUAAUAUGUAGCUAUCCUAACCAAAUCAACCAUCCACAAUGUUUUAAAGUAUUUAUAAUGCAGCUAACCUAACCUAAUUGACCAUUAGUUAUCAUGAGUUGUCCAAAAUAAACAUUCACGGACACACGGCAAACGAAAAAUAUGGCGCCGUACAAAUAAAUACAGUUGCGUUCAUGGUCUUUCCUUUUAUCAACACCGCCAUAUUUAUUUACAAUGAACAAAAAAAAACCGAAGAUGCACAAUCGGGUGUUUCGCUCUCUCGUCUGUGAAAAGAAGGCUUCCCGCCGCUACUUGGCUUGUGGGUUGAGACGGCGGCCAUGUUGAAAGGGGGUACCUUACCCGCCAUCUUGUGUUUGGCAAUUUUUUGCCGUAAUUUCUACAGGUCAAAAAUAUCUUUUCAAGUGUUUUCACGCCAUCGUUUGGUAUCAAUGCACAGAAUCCUGCUGAAAAUUGCUGACUAUUCACGUGGUGACUUCAGCAAGGAUAGCUACAUCCUGCGGUUUGUCUAGCUAAUAAAUAAAAAAAAAUGCCUGUAGCGCAACAUUUGGCAUCAACCCAGAAUCCAAGACGUAGUUAAACCUUCAUUUUUGAAAUAGUCUGGUUAUGGCACUCAUUGUAGCGCUAAAGUGUAAUGAAGAUAAAGCUAAUAUGUGGAUAUUGCAUUGCUUUUUGCAAUAAUUCACUUUUUUAUCAACUUCACUAUUUUGUCUAGUGUGGUUAUUUUGGUAUUUCAAGAUUGAGUAAAAAACACAUCUAUGAAAAUGUUUCAGCGAACAUUGAUCUUUUGAUUUUGUGUCAUGGAUGUUUUCACUGGACUAAGCUUGGCAUUUGGAGUGGGGAGUGCCUGAAAUAGCUUGCUAUUUACUAUUAGCUAGAAACACAAAUUUUUACUUUUUGACAUGGUAAAUUUGUAAUGUAACUGAACCCAAGGUUUUAUAUAAAAUAAAUAAAAGAUAAUUUAAAUUUACUAUUAUCAAAGGAUCAUUGUUUUGCAAUGGUAUUCUAUAUUUUUAGACAGUGUGUAUUUACGUGUAAAAUUACUAUAAAACGUUAAUCUUUUUGGAAUUGUGUACUUGAAUAUGAUGUCCUUUGAUGACAGAAAUUUUUUAUCGUAUGCAAAGUUGUUACUGUUAAGAGAACAUAUAAUUAUAUUAUAAUGGUACAAACUACAAAGCUACAGCAGUGAAGAGUUCCCGGAAUUUUUUUGUGUUUACCCCGGGCUUCCGACUAAAACUGCCUUGACGGGCAUAUGUUUUAAUUUAUCAUUCAUUGUAUUGUUGGUGAUUUCUGGUGCCUUACGCAUGUGUAUCACUUACAUAUGUGUUUACUUAUGGAACACUACCGUGUGGCAUGUUUUCAAUCACUUUGAACCACUGAAGUAGUUAGUAUUUUUAUAAUGAGGUCUAAAUAGUUGUAAGGAAGGUGUGCUAAUAGCAAUUCAUAUUGCAGUUUUCUUUGUAUGUGAAACAAGAAUAUGGCUUAGUAAGUUUAACCUGUGAAAUUGUUUUUGAAGGUUUUUUUAAACAUUUUUUUUGCCAAACAUAUAUUACAGUGAAAAUACUUUGUAUUUGUUAAACAUGGCACAAGCACUAUUUCUGCCUAAAGUAUGGCCUAAUAUUUACUUUUGUAAAUAUUGAAAAAUAUUUUUAUUUGCUGGAAAUUUUCAACCUGAUCAUGACCAUCUUCAAAUUGUCUUUUUCGGCUUGUUUGACAAGGCUGUAAAGGUGCUGAUCGAUUCAUUCAAGGUAUGCUUAUUUAUGCAUAGGGAUAUUUGUUAAAAUUUGGAUUCCAAAAAUAAAUAAUUCCAAAGCAUUGCAAUAGGAUGUCACACUUGUGAUUCAAUGUGGAAGUGGUACUAAGCAAGUGUUGAGCUUGUGAAGUCUGUCACGAGCUGAAGAGCAUCGUGUAGCGUGGCUGGGACGUGUCACACGAUGCUGCUAUCGUCUGUGAAGAGCGAUAAUCCCCUCCAGCAGCUUCUUGUCAGAUGUUUUCCUGGCUCAGAAGAGCAGGUUCCGAUUCCCAAAGACUUUUCUUACUGCUUGUGAGAUCACUUAACAAAUUCAAUAAUGAACAUGUGUUUUAUUCUUAUUAAUAGGUGGUAUCUAUUGGAUGCUUUGGAAGAGAGUUGUAAGCCUAGAUUAUUACAUUAAACUCAGUUUUAUUCAUGUGGUUUUAAAAAUUCAAAAUGUAAAGUAAAAUCCUGUGUGACAGUCUAAGAAGUAAACAAUUAGGUGGAGGCUGUACAUGUGUAUGUGGUUUUCAUUGAACUCCUAAAGAGAUGAAUAGUUAGCAAGUAUCCCUAAAGUUUAUUAUCUUAAAAAAAUAUAUAUUAAUAUGUAUGUAAUUUCCUUAAAUCUGCAUUGAAAAAUCCAUUUUGUGACAUUUUUAGAAGGGCUACUCACAUGAGAAAUGUGCACUUACGUCAAUUAUUUCUCAUUAGAGACAGUGUUACGUUGUUAAUAAGAACUUUCUCAGCAGAAAAUUAUUUGAAUGAUAACACUAGCUGCAACGUGGCGUCUGACGACAGUUGGUGACUUUACAGUUUUCUAAAAAAAUUAAUUCCUAGUGUCAUGAAUCAUUAGUCAUUGCAUUACCCGUGUGCAUUGAUUAGUUGCAGUGUUGACAGAAGUGGUUUGUCGCAAGGUUUCUGAGAAUGUUUGUCACAUGCCUCUUAGUCUCAUAACAACUGUACAUACUUAUGUAACUGUGUUCUUAACAACUUUAUAUUCCCAGUUUUUGUUUUUGGGGAUCAGUAUUGUAACACAGCUAUUUGCACACAUACAAUGUAUGGUCACGUGUUGUGAAUAGAAUACUGCAUACAAAAAAAGCACAUUUGUCUAGUUUUGCAUACUCACUAGAAACAGUCAUCAAUUUACCUUUGAUGAAACACAUUCACUACUAGUUAAUGAAUUGUUAUAUUUUAUAUUUACAUUUCAGUAUUCCACAGCUUUGAGUUCUUUGAAUUUUUUUGCCAUCAGAUUAGGUGGCUUGUAACUUGUAUUGUAUUAUAUUCUUCACUUGCACUUCAAAUUACGUUCUGUUACCUUAUGUGUGUUACAUUUGUAAUGAAAAUUUUAUUAGUGUCUCUAAGGUCUAUGCCAGAAAUACAUGGCAUCUAUGUUGAUUGGCAUUGCUGGUGUGUGUGUAGAGACAGUCACUGGUGUUGUAAUGCGUUACAGGGAAACCAUGUUGUAACUUUUUCAAAAUGAGUAACUCUUUUCACCUUUAGUGAACACUGUUAUGUUUAACACAGUAAAAUUCUGUUAAAGCAAAAGUUUUGGGAUGUGUAUGAUGGUAGCUGAUUAAACAGGAGAAGUUAUAACACGGUUCUCUUGUAAGUUAUUUUUAAUGUUGAAAAUAAUAGGAUUACAUAUAUUUUAUUUUCCCGUACAAAGUAUCUGUUAGUGUAAUAUAGUGUAGUUUUAAUAAUACAAGGUUAUUUAUUUUUAUUUUGUAAUGUUUGUAUUUGUGUGUAAUGUUAUUUUCCUAGCCAGUAGAAUGAAUUGUACAGGUUGUGAUGCUAGUAAUAACUGAGCAUGUAUUACAGCAUGUUGCAGAUUUUUAAGAGAAAACAUUAGUCGUAAUGCUGCAGCAAACUGUUAAUGCUUAGCAGUGUAGUCUCUGUUACAAAGUACAUGACACUUGCUCUCUGUGUAACAGUAUUGAACUGUGAGAAUUGUGUAUUAAACUAUGCAUACAGUAGACUCCCGGUGUAUCCGUGCCAAUGAAGGGUAGUGAUGUUAUGGACAAUACGCAAAGUUAGUUCAUAGGCGAAUCAUAUACCUAAUAAAGCAUUUGAACACACUGUUACACUGUUGUAAUGUUAAUUAUGUUCCUUCUUUUUUUUAUGAAAAUGUUGUACGAUUUGUUAUUGCAAAUUUUUUUUUAAUACAGAACAAUUUCCGUACAAAUCAAUAGUUUAGAAGGAAAUAUACAUCAUUUUUUUGUCAGAAAAGUUAAGCAUAAACUCUAUUCGUACCGAACUUUAAGCAAUCAGUCAGUGUAAAAUUUAUUUUUCGGAGUUUUUCUUGCAAGAAAAUAAGCUAUUUUAUUGUUAAAAAUAUACUUGAUUUUAUUAUUCACAUGUCUGCUAAACUGAAAGUGACAACAUUCAUUGUCUUGUCUGCAUGACAAACAAAGCAUUAGCAAGUAUUGACAGUUUUAGCAUUGAGCCGUUGUUUAUUUUCAGUGGCUUGUUGCGAAAAAAUAAGUUCUAUUAUCAAAUCAUAAAGUUAUUUACUACGACAUGUCUUCUAAGUACGUAAAUGUUUACUACAGACAUGAAUAUUUAACGUCUUGUUACAAAGACAAUAAGUUUUCGUUGCUGAGUGAACACACAUUUAAACAAUAAGUACACUUACGUAUUUUCCUUGGCUUCUUACGGUUACGUUAAAAAAUAUUUUAGUCAUAUAUUUGUGUCGUGUAGAUAGAUGUUUCAGAAAUAAGUAAAAGCAAAUAAGGCCCCACUUCACGUAAAAUAAAUAAUUGUACAAUGACCAACAUUGUGUGUGUGCCUCACUUGGUUAUCUGUAACUCGGGUAGACUUUGGUACGGUUAGCUAGUCGGACUACCGACUGUCGGGUCAUCUCUACUAGCAAGGGGAAGAGGUUUGUACCACGAUGUCGCUCAAGGCUGCCUUCUAGGCAGUUGGUGGAACAAGUAGUGUUAUCAGAGUCAUUCUGAAUCACUGUGACUGCAGCUUUAUUUUUUUUGUUACUGAGGCAUAUAAAUUAAUGGUAUACUAUCUAAUUGUUGUUAGCGUGCAAAUUCAUGUUAAAAUCAAUAUUUAUUGCCAUUUCUUCCAUUUUUACUGUGAAUCACUCAAGUUAAAUGUACAAUUCUAUAAGUGACUUUUAGUAAUGGAGAUGCUCAUAGUCAUAUUGCAAACUGAACGAGGUGGUUUAAUUAAAACAUAAUUUUUUUGUCAUUCGAAGUGUGUGUGUGCACAAAAGAUUAUUACAGUGGCAGACAAAAUGUCAUGUAUAUAAUUUUCAGAUAUUUUGGGAAACAGCUUUUAUCUAGUUCCCUUAUCUGGUGAAAUUAUUCAUAAAUGUGGUCAUAGGAUAGUUUUUUUUUUAUCCAUUAAUUACCAUUAUUUUACUUCGAUAGUUAUUCCAUUAUGGUUUAAUGACAUUUAAUAGUGCAUAUUAAAAUUCACAAAAAUAUACUUUCCCAUGAAAAUGGUGUUCAUGCUUUGAAAAUCUCCCAAAAGUGCGUGGUUACCAUCACCCAAAAACUAUUUUGUUCCACCAUAAAGAGGACAUGUACUAUCCAUUUGAGGGCUGUAUAUUUUCAAGGUUGUACUUUGUUAUUUUGUAGUUGGUAGUGCUCUACUCAAGUACUAUAAUCACUGUUAAAAAUGUAUAUUCUGGUGAUAAUGACCGAACCACGUUGCAAAGGGAUCUACUUUAUGAUGCAUUAUUAUAGGGUGUGGUUUAAGCAAAAAUUAGUACAUCACAUCAGCUCAGUACUAUUUAUUAUUGGCCAAGCAUAAUGGGGAUAUGAUAAUAUUAUCUACUGUGAUGUGAUUGGUUCCAUUUAUUCUCCAAUUGUAGUGGAAUUUGGAUUACUCCCAUUGCUAAUUAAAAAAGUACACCUAAGCCAGGGAAAUAGAAUAUUCCUGUUUUUUUGGAAGAUGUGAUGAUCAGUAAUAUACACAGACCCAAAUCUUAUGUCAAUUAUUUUCUUUAUCUUCUGUGUACAUCAGUAAUCGUAAAUGCUUUGUUCAUACUUGCAGUGAGAUUAACCAAUUCUAAUGUUGUUUGAUUAGGUACGAGUCUCUUUCAAUCCUCCUUUCAUGUGUAUGCAUGUAUAUGUUUGCGUUCCCAUUCAUCUCCCCCCCCCCCCCCCCUCCCCCCUGAACAUCUUACUUUUUUUUUACUUCCAACUUCUGUUCAAUAUUUAUUUAAAAUAGUUUAAUUAUUCUAAGCAAAUCAACUUGCAGUUGUGGACAAUCAAUUCUGUUCUCAGAUCUGUACUUUAGACGUAUUGUUUUCAAAAGAAUGUUGGGAGUUUGUUGCACAUAAACUGGCUAUAGUACUGUCUGCAGUUAAAGUAACUGCCAUUUCCUGAAAUACUGCUAAACAAAAACAGUUGGCUGCUUCAAGUAUAAUAACAUUUCUAAAUUAAUUAAUUUACUAUUGUAUUCAGAGACUUUUUCAUUUUCAUGAUCAAACAAAAUUAAUGUAAACACACAUUUGUAUACAUUAAGUUCAGUAUAUUUCAGAUAACCUCUGUUAAAAUAUUUAUACUUGAUGUAACAUACUAUUAAAUUUAUUUACAUGUUUAGACAAGUGUAACACCUACAGGUUUUCUUUUAUUUUUGAAAGAACUGUUAGUAAGCAGUGAAUUAGUUAAUAAUGUAACUCAAUAAAAGUUUUGCACUCACUCCCGUUACCUUGCAAGCACGAUAAGUUCAAUAUACAGAUGUAUGGCUUUGUUUUGGUUAGCUUUGUACAGAAGUGUGUGUUUUGGUGUCAUUCUCUGUUGGCAGAACUGUUGGCCACAUGCCUGCACAGAAAUCUGGGAGGUGCAAAACUUGUUUUGAGUAGUGCCUAUUAUGGACCAUCUGCUUCACUUAAAAAUUGAAGUAGAUACAAUAUGUAUCGCUUUACUUUCGGCAGAAAUGUUGGUUUUACUUUGUUCAUUACACUCAUGAACCAAUAUUUAAAAGUUGGUACUUGUGGACAGCCCAAGAGUAUUUGUAUACACCAAAAUCCAGAGCCAUUUAAUGUUUGUACAUAUUUGAGAGGUUACAUGUACUAUUACCUGAAGUGUCAGUACGAUGUUUUCGACACCAAAGAUGAUUACAUACUGAAUACGAUGAUGGAAA